AUGGCCGUCUCGGGCGUCGGCGCCGGCAUUAACGAGCUGACCGCCCUGGCCGGCACCGCCGAAAUCGCGCCCACCAGCCAGCGCGGCAAGUACAUUGGCUUCCUCAUCCUCACCAUCCUGCCCUUUUGCCCGGCCGUCCUCUGGGCCAAUCUCAUCGCCACUGACGCCGGCUGGCGCUUUGUCGGUGUCCUGACCGCCGUCUACUCCUUUGCCGGCCUGCUCGUCCUCGCCGUCUUCUACCACCCACCGCCCCGUGCCAACAGCGCCGGCUUCCACUCCUGGCGCAGUGAGAUUCUGCCGCGCAUCGACGUCGUCGGCGGCGUCUUAUCCAUUGGCGGCAUUGUCCUUUUGGUCGCCGGCCUGCUCUGGGGCGGCUACCAGUAUGCCUGGUCGAGCGCCCACGUCUUGGCACCCCUGAUUAUUGGCGUUGCGCUGCUGGUUGCCUUUGCCUUUUGGCAGUCCCGCUUCGCGCCCUACCCCAUGGUGCCACGCCGCCUCGUCGGCCCUCACCACGAAGGUGCCACCGGCCCACCGCCCCGCACACGCACCAUGUGGCUGGCCCUCGUCAUCACCUUUGUGUCCGGCGCCAACUUCUUCUCCGUCCUCAUGCUGUGGCCCUCGCAGGCCUACAACAUGUACGGCCACGAUCCCGUCGGCGUCGGCCUGCGCGGCCUGCCCUUUGCCCUGUCUGUCCUCAUCGGCUGCAUCAUCUCGCUCGCCAUCCUGACCCGCUGGCGCGGCGGCAACCGCUGGCUGCUCUUUGGCGCCAGCGUUGUCAUGACGGCCGGCUGCGGCUCGCUGGCCGCCGCCACGCUCGACAACCUUGCCGCCGUCUAUGUCAUCUUGGUCCUUGCCGGUCUCGGUGUCGGCGGCAUCGUCGUUCCCGCAUCACUCGUCGCCAUGGUUAUCUGCCCCGAGGACCUGAUUGCCACGGCCACGGCCAUCACCUUGGCUGUCCGCGUCGUGGGCGGCGCCGUCGGCUACUGCGUCUACUACAACGUCUUCUUGCACGAGCUGGUACCGCGCCUCGAGUCCGAGCUGAUUGGCACUGUCCUCCAGGGCGUGCAGAGCGCCGCAGCCGCGUCGCCGACGGGCUCCACGGGCGUCACCAACGUGACGGCCUUGAUUAGCCAGGUCAUUAUGCUGACGGCCACGUCCCAGACGGAAGUCAUUGCCGGUCUCGAGGGCAUCGGCGGGCCCGAUUCGGCCUUAUAUCACUCAAUCAUAACCGCCGGCCAGCAGGCGUACGCCGGUGCCUACCCGUUCGUGUAUUAUAUCAGCAUCGGCUUCGGCGUCAUCUCCAUGAUUGCCAGUCUGUUCAUGGACGACAUUGGCAUGUACAUGGAUGACCACAUCUCCGUGGUCAUUUGA